AUGUUCAAGGCUCUGUUCGCAGGCGGCAGUCGCGAAGACGUGAGCUCUCGGGGAUCCGUCCGUCGCAAGUCUUCCACGAAAGGUGGUGACGACGAUCACUCUCGCACAUCAUCAUCCCGGCGCCAAUCGAAACUAUCUUCUUCAGCUUCCAGCGUAUCUUCUAGUCGUAGGUCAACAACAACACGGGGUGACGACCGUGGUGAUCGUGGACUGGGAGAUAUUAGCACCAGCCGAAGUGUAACCGGAGACUCGACUACGACCUACGUUACCGCCGAGCCUGCCUCAUAUGUUGAUGAUCCUCUGAUUAUUGAGCGCAGGCCUCGAUCAGAGCGAGGCGAUGAUCGGCAAAGGUCAAGUCGCGAUUCUGACCGCGAGUCGAGAAGAUACACGGAUGAGCGGUUGAGCAGAGAUGACACAAAUGACCGGGAUCGUACCCGGACUCGUACGAGGUCUGGAGAUACUGCGGCGCAUUUUGCUGCUGAAAUUGCAGACCCCAGAUUCAGUCAAUUCCCCAUGCAAUAUGAUUCCUCUAAUAUUCCUGGCACAUCAUCUCCAUACCAGCCUCCAUUAGAUUCACAUAUCUCGCAGCAAUUUCCAGGACAGUUGCCAGGCGCAACGGCACAGCCUUAUAUACCGCCGAAUCCGGCAGGUCUUGCUGCCGAUUACUACAACGAUCAAGGUCAAUCGGUUGCUCACCAGCCGGGAGUUCGUCCUCAGGCCCCAGACAUAAUAGUGGGUGCCGAGCCUCAUUUGCAACCAGCAUCGCCCAUGGCAAAUCCUCCUCCCGAGCCAAGCAGUAUUGGUCAAGUUGGCGCGGCAGCUGAGUACUAUGCUGGUGGCGAUUCAUUUCCAACUUCAAGUACCCCAGCUUCUACGAAGCCACCGAAACCAAGCAAACCCUCAAAGCCAUCUUCUAGACCUCCAAAGCCAACAUCAGGGUCUGCGACUGCUGGAGAGUCGGCGACGUUUGGUAUCGGGUCGGAACUGAUGAACCAAGCUAGUUCCAGUUAUCCUGUCACAUCUGGUGGCCAAUCAAGGCCUCCUAUUCAAGCAACUGGAGGACCUUCAUCACACAAUGGGGUGGGUUUGGCAUUGGGUGGCGCCGCAGCUGGGGCGGCCGCUGCUUACAUGCUCAAUCACCAUGGUGAGCACUCUAACUCAGCAGUGCAAUAUGAGAUCCGACCGGACCACCAUAACGACUCGUAUGGUAUAGGGAUUCCGGCAACUGGGAAUAACCAGUCUUCCUACCAAGGAAACGUUGCCCCCUACGCACCGCUUGGAUACGCUAGUCGGCCUCCAGCAGGCCCUUCCUAUCCUUCCGGAGGUAUACAGCCUGGCUCGUUGGCUUAUCAUCAAAGACAUCACAGCCCGCUCUCCGCAUUCGUCGACUUCUGGAGAGAUCCGGAAGGAGUCGGAAAGUUUGAAGAUUACACUGAAGCCAUCGGAGUGUGCAAAUACUGCUUUGAGCCUGGCACUUCGUCUCGAGACGCACCGCGGAAGCAUCAUUAUAACCCGCGACGACGUUCCCCGGUCGUCGAGAGAUACGGAAGCAGCAAUCGAGUAGACAAGUUGACUCGCUACACCUCGUCGGAAGAUGAGAGCCGGCGGAAGAAAAAAGGCAGCUCGUGGUUGGCAGGUGGAUUAGCAGGUGGACUUGCCGGCUAUGUAGCCAAGUCAUUGUUCAGCAAUAAAGAUUUUGAAGAUACGUACAGCGUGAGAUCUGGUACUCGUGCUGAACCAUCGCAUCAUCAUACCUACGAUGAACAGAGUAUGGUGUCAUCUAGCAAGGCUAGUUCUACAUCCCGUGGCGUGAUCUCGUCAAAGAGACGUUCUGGUGACGAUAAAAGCUCAGUAUCCAGAGAUUCCAAAUCUUAUCGAUACUCGCGUCGCUCCUCUCGCUCGCGGUCCCGAUCGACAUCCAGAGAUCGUCGAACCAGCAGUGGUCUGAAGGAGGCAGCUAUCGGUGCAGCUGUUGGUUCUGCAUUGACUGCUGCUGCAGCGCGAUCUUCUGAUCGGAAGAGGAGUCCAGAUAGAUCGACACAGCGCUCCAGACGACGUCAAUCCGAUUCUUCGGGAAGCGUCAACUUUGAACGUUCUCGGAGACGUGGAAGGUCUAGUCCGAGAGGAUUCAGAUCUUUCUUCACUGCUCCAUCGGCCAAUCGUCGAAAGAAAUCUUCGAAGAAAGAACGAGGAUUCUUCUCCUUUGGAAAUUCGUCUUCCUCUUCGGGAGAUUAUGAUCUAGCCUUUGGCGGCUCUGAAAUUUUCGGCUCGACGGUAAGUGGUCGAUCUAGCAGAUCGAGCAAGUCGAGCAGGAAGCAUAAUGUCGAUGCGGAGAUAUUGGGUCUAGGACUGGCGGCUAGACAGCUUGCGCAUUCAUCUUCCCGUAAAGAGAUAUCGCCUCGUGAUCUUGCUCGACCUCCUAAUUACGGCCGGCCCACAAAAGUCGAAAAUGAUGAGUGGGAAGAUGCAGAAUCAUCAGAUUCUUCCGUCUCUGCGAACUUGGCGUACGGUGGAAGUACAAUUUUUGGAAGCCAAGAAUCUGUUAAUUCUCGUUCAUCAUUCUGGCCUUGGAGCUCAAUCUCACGCAGGCAGAGGAAAGCUCAGAAAGAGUACUCGCAAACCCCUCCAGCCGACGAUUACUCCUACUAUCCUGGUGAUAACGCCAGUCACGACGGUUCUAGCGGUAGAGGUAGUCUUCAGCAAUUAUACCCGAUGCCUACGAGCGAUCCAUCACGGUUUGAUGCCGUGCGAAUGUCGACAUCUUCAUCCCCAAAUGCACAGCCUCCAUUGGUGAGACCUGGACCGAUACCUCUUCAACAACCCCAACCUGUUACUCUAGUUUCCCAGUCAGUUUACUAUCCUACCGUCACUGCGCCUACGGAUCCACUCGUACAACGCAUUGGUCUAGAGGACCAUACAAGCAGGGAUAUACAACGUCAACGCCGCAGCAACUCAUCCCCUGUUUUCCCUAAUGCACCUCUAGACGGUGGACCGUCUCCAGGAAUCCUCAAGCGGAGAUCGACCGCGAAAGACCCGGCAACAGUUUCAUUUAGCCUCACGGAAGAGCAGACAGACAGACAACAAGAAGUUGACCGUCGUGACAAAGAGCGCCUGGAGCGUCGGCGGGAAGAAGAGUUUGCUGUCUUACGUGAGGAAGCGGAUGAACUAGCUGAGUUGGAGCGUCGUCGUGAACGCAAAGAAAGAAAAAGGGAAGAACGCCGUCGCCUUGAAGAGGCUGAGGCCGAGGAAGCGGCUCGCGAAGCUCGAUGUGAGCGACGUCGGAAGGAAUCGAGGGGUGAUGAGCGAUCAUCGGUCACUUCAAAUGGACAACGAAGGGAGAAUGUGGAAGAUAUGACGCGAAGAGAUGAACGAAAAGAUGCUGCAUCGUCGUCUUCAUGGGUCACACCGGCAAUUGUGGGCGCCGGCGCCGCUGUUGCUGCAGGUGCUCUAGCCGAGAAAGCUUUCGAAGAUGAUAGGUCAAGUGCGACUACAAGUCGUUACGAGGAACGUCGAGAAAAGCGGCGCUCUCAACGACGCAGCGCCUCUGAGAAUCAAUCAGAGGUGACAGAAAUCCCUCGUCAAGAGCAACCUCAACAAGUUGUGGAAGAUGACGAGCAAAAGAAGCAAGAACAGCGUAUCGCCAGAAUUGCAGCUUCCCGAAUUGUGCAAAACCCUUCCACUCAUGAGAGUUAUGAAGAUUUCUUCACACCGGAGGAUUUACGACAUCAUGAAACCCAUGACGACUCCUCCCCUAAUAUCAUCGACGUUGUUCCACGUUCGGAGAGUCGCGUGGAGCCAUAUCUUGGCAGUGACCUUGACAAGCGAGAUCCCUCUUGGCCACCCUUGACCAUUAAUAUCAUAAAACCAACUCCUCCGGGCAGCCAUGACGGCUCUGUAAGGGAUGUCUACUCUCCUGUACCGACACCGGAGCCUACUGAGAAGGAGGAGCGGAAAGAAGACGUUAAUCCGACCCCAAGUCAUCCAACCACUGGCUCGCGAGUUUCGUGGGGAGAACAUCAAACUCAUGAGUACGAGGUUGAGACUCCUAUAUCCGACAGGGAAGAGCAUUUUGAGGAGAUAGAUCAACAUGGAGUUGCCAUGUCACCCGAAUUCCAUGAGGAUGCAAAGAGUCAUGAGGCUUCUACUGAAGAGAAACCUGUGCCUCGCCAUAUUGAUGAGACCAAGUCGAACUCAAAACACUCAAUGCCUGGUAGUUUCGAUGAUAACGUCGAAUUUGCAGCGACACUUGCUGCUGGUGCCGAGAUCGCUGGCUUCGAUCCUACCGUUGUAACUGACGACGCCAGUUAUUAUGGGAAAGAUCAUCUGUCGAGAGCCGGAUUUAAAGACGCCUAUCGACCUCCUGCUGUUGAGAGCGUUACUGAUCUUGGUGAUGCGAUCUCAGUGCAUUCGGGCUCUGCAAGGAAGGAAUUCCGUGGACCGGAGUCUUUUGAUUUUGAGGACACCUUCAUCGACGAGUCUGGUACCUCCAAGACAAGCAAAGACGCUAUACCCGGAACUCGGUCUAUUGCUGUGACAGAGGCGGAAGAUGGUGAUAGGUCCGAAGCUUUCGACUACAAGUCAACCAAAGAGUUGCGCGAUGACAAUGGCGAUAGUGUGCCAUCGUCCCCUGUAGGGGAUGGUAAAAAGUCGAAAAGGCCGAAGAGAAGGUCGAGAACGCUCGACGAUUUUGAUAUUGGAUCAGAAAAACCCUCACGACGAUCCGCUUCCAGCGAUUAUUCUGACAAUAAAGAGCGAGACAAGAAGUCGGAAGACGCAGACUUUGAGGCAACACUGGAAAGAGUUCAAUCGGCGCCUGUAACGGACGAUUGGAUUGAAAAAGACAAAGAACCGCGUCGUCGAAAAUCAAAACGCAGUGAUUCAGAUCGCUUCGAAUCGGUAGAUGACACUCGUUCUGUCGCCGCAUCAGCACCAGGAGCCGAUGAAUUGGAGGAAUACAGAUCGCGCCGAUCUUCUCGGAGGUCCAAGACUGAUGAUGAAGUGGAUCUCGAGGACGACAGCCGCUCUCUACCUGAUGCCGACGAUGACGGAGAAAGGCGCAGACGGCGCAAGCACAAGCGUCAUAGUGGAAAUUUCGAUGACGUCGCUUCAGUGGCCUCUUCACCAGCCAAGAUCGAUGAGACUCGCGAGAAGCGCCGCUCACGCGACUCAUCGACAGCCUCCAAAGAUCGCGUGAGGGAGUCAGAGAAGAAGAGCGGUGGACUUUUCAGCAGUCUUUUCGGAUCCAAGUCAACUCCAGAGCGAUCUUCAUCCACACCGGGCAAGCGUGAGACACAGUCGGAGGUUGGUGUUGAUGAAAGUACGUCUGAGCGUAGACGCAAAAAGAGAUCCUCCUCAGGUAGGAGUGUAAGUGGUGAUGGGGGCGAUGUGGCAAGCGAAGCCGCUCAGUCUACGCUAGAUCUCUCCAGGCUAGAUAAAUUAUUUGACGGCGAGGAUGGAGAUAACGACAAUCAAUCUUCGCGAAGAAAGAGGAGGGAGCAGAGGCGGCGAGACAAGUAUGAGGAGAUUGUUGAUUCGGCACGCGAUGCAUCAUCUGAGAAGGAUCGAUAUUCCACCGCCGACGAUAAUGAUGAUGACGACAAGAAGUCUUUUUUAGAGAUGCGCCCCGAAAUGCCACCGGUAAAUAGUCACGAAGGAGAAGAAGAUUCGACUAGAGAAAUUGUGGGUGGUGCUUCGGGGCUAGCUAUUACAGCAGCAGGACUUGGGUUAAUGAAAACUUACGGCAACAGUCUUGAUGACCAGUUGCAAGAUGUACAACAACGUCUGAGAAGCCGUUCAGUCUCUCCUUCAACGGCUGAAAAGACGUUUGAAUUAGCUCCAAGAUCUCAAAGUCGACCAUCUUCACCCGGAGGACGAAAUCAAGACGAAGAGAAAAACUUGAGAGCAAGACGCCUAUCACUCUUGCGAACGAGUGAUUCUCCCACUGCGGUACCUUUACAUUUUCGAAAGCCGCCUACAUCCCCGAAUAGCUCACGACGUGUCUCUAUGACUUCCCCAGUGCCGUCACCUAGUUCUCCUAGACAUCGACGGCCCAACUCCGUCGAAUUCAAGAAUGUGCGUGAGAUUCGUCCACUUUGGCUCGUCGAAAGACAUAGUGCUAGCAAACUCGAUGUUGAGCCUGAGGGUCCUCUCCCCUCCCUCCCUUCUAGCAAAACAUCGUCUCGAAGUCCAUCCGUCGAGAACCUCCGAGAAGGGUUUGAGGAUGACGAAGAUGCCGUUACUGGCUUCUAUAUGGGUGGUGGAGGUGAAAAUUCUGCAUUCAACUGGGGUCGCAAACCGGUUGAUCUUCGCAUCUCUACGGACCAGUUACCUGCUGGUGAUGAAGAGGAUUUCUUGAACUCGCAACAAGCUACUCCUACGGCAGAAACGUACAAUAACAAACCAUUCGGUCCGCCACCGAUCAAGAAGGAGAAGCCAAAGUACGAAUUCCAUUCUCCGUCAGAGUUAUUGCAGGAUCCUAGCACGUAUCAAGCUAUAGUUCCUGAACUUCCUAAAUCGCUAGAUCGAUUGCCCUCUGUAGCAGGCUCGGAUUUGGGAGCGAAGGAAGCCGAGACAAAAGUGGAGGGAGCACCCACGGUGGAAUCAGCGACAGAGGUUGAAGAACAGUCACCAUCACAUGAUGUCAAAGUUGAAGAUCAGCCCGAAAAACAGAAUAGUGAUAUGGCGUCAUUCCUGGCAGGUGCUGGAUUUGCCUCUGUUGUCGAUGCGGCUGUGUCUGCUGCAGUUAGCGAUCGGGAACCAGCUUCAAAAGAACUCAAUGAAGUGGUUCCUCAACAAUCUGCAACCGAAGAAGCUGGUAACCAGGAACAAACGCCAGUCUCGUCUAAGUCCCAUAGUAUUGGCGGCUUUGGCGAAAUUGUUGAUGUCGCGGUUGCGGCAGCAGUCUCCAAACAUGCUUCUCAUGACGUGAUUGAUACUAAUCGCGAUCAAUCCAUGAAAGCAGAAGAGGCUCACGUUCCUGAGGAUGCUGCAAAGGGAAACACAUCGUCCGAUGUUGGUCACCCCGGACUCUUCGCAGGUGUUGUUAAUGCCGCUGUCGCCGCUGCUGCUGCUGGUGAAACCCACGCCGAUGUCACACAACCAGACCUGGCCAAAGAUGUUGAGCUUCAAGAGGGUGUCGCGCAAGAGCCAAAGACAGAAGAAACUCCCACUGCAGAACCCUCAAUAGAAGAAGAGUCCAAGGUUGCUUCCGAAGAAGUCACUGAAGCCAAGUCCGGUUCUACCUCCAAGAAACAGAAACGGAAGGAUAAGAAAAAGAAGAAGAAGAACGAAGAUCUUGACGUUACUGCCAAAGACAAUGAUGAGGGAGAAACCGUUGCUCUUCCUGCCGUUGAAUUAGACUCAUCUGCACAUUCCAAGCCAGAGGCGGAAGCCGAAGCGACACGGGCCGAACCCACCUCUGAACCUUCGACGGUCCCAAAGCAACCUACAGAAUUCAAAGAUGAUACUGUGGGAAUUCCUACGGACCAGCUGCUCGCAGCUGUGUCUGAAGAGAUUGUUGGAGAUAACACUCUUAAAUUCCAACCAUCAACGUCAAAUGUGGAGACUGACCCAUCCCCCGAGGCGGUCACCGCAUCUGCGGAGAGCGAAGAAGCGCAAUCUGGUCCCAGUGCGGAGCCCACAAGGACUACUACUACCGCAGACACCAAUGAUCAAGCACCACAUGUGGUAGCAGCGGAGUCUGAAGAUGUUGCAUCACCAACAACUUCCAAAUCGUCGAAUAAGAAAAAGAAGAAUAAGAAAAAAUCGCAGGGUUUGUCGGAAUCAAUUUCUGUUGAGACUCCUUCGACUCCUGGUGACGAAGUACAGGUCGAGUCUUCAGCGAUUGCUACUGAGGAGCCACACUCAAUUGAUGAGGUAAUUGAAGAAAAGCCUGUGUCUGAAAUUUCUUCUACGAGCAUGCCGUCUGAGAAUUUGGAGGUGACUCAGGACGUGUCUACUUCUGCGGAGAAGCAAGCGGUCGACAAGGAUGAUCCUGGACUAUCAGAGUCUGCUGAAAAAUCUGUUGUCGACAAGGAUGAUGUGGUUGCGACUGAGACGACUGAGCAGGAUGUCCAGGGAACAUUAGGUGUUGAACAAGAAAAAUCGGUCAGUAGUCCGGUCGAUGAAUGGUUCGAUUCACGAGAGACUACGGAAGCACCACCUACUGGAUCAGUGCAAGUAGAAGCUGCGCAAGACACAACAAACAAGGACCUUCGGACAGCUGAGGCCUCUGGAGAGCCAGCCGCUACCACUGAGCCAGUCGCUACCACUGAGCCAGUCGAGCCGAAGCGGGAGGAGAAGCCAGCAGUGACAACUCCAUCGAGCAAAAAGAAGAACAAGAAAAAGAAGAAGGGUCAAUCUCAGUCUGUCGAUGAAAGCGCUUCAAAAGAGAUUGCUCAAGAACCUUCUGAAACAGUCCAGUCCCAGCCCGACAGUUCGGAAUUUCCUUCGGCUGAAGUUGAAGGCGAAGUUUCACAUGCAACUGAUGCAGAUGGUCAAGCCAAAGAAAUCGAGGAGAGCAUUGCCGAAGAACCCCGCCAAGAACCAUCUGAUACUUUGACUGCUGAGGUUGAACAAGCCUCCCAGAAGACAGAUGAAGCUUCAACCUCUGCUGUUUCAGAAGUUGAGCCAACUGUAGAGUCUGAGCCCGCGGCGGAAUCUGUGCUGGAAACUGUGCCAAUAAGUGAACAUCUUCCAUCAGCACCAGUACCCGAGACUGAAGAGACCGUUGAACCACAGACCUCUGAUGUCCCUGUCGAACCUAUUCCAUCCAAGCCGCUACAGUCUGAAGGUGAUGCCAUCCCUUCCGAACAGUCAGAAAAAGUUGCUGAAGCAGUAGAAGCCACGCCAAAGGAAGAAGAAGUAUCCGUCCCAAUUCAGGAACCUUCUGACGAGGUACCAGUUGCCCCAGCCAAGUCAAAGAAGAAGAAAGGCAAAAAGGGGAAGCGCGUCUCUUGGGCUGAAGGAACCGAACUCGCUACUGAAUCUGAGCCUGGGACUCCUGCAGAGCCUGAAACUCAAGUAUCUGAAGAGACUGCGCUAGCUGUGACUUCAGAAGAUACAGUGCCUACCGUCGAGGAAGAAAUGACGAUACCUGCAUCUACCGAAGCUGAACCUUCCAUUGUUACUGAAGAGGCUUCACGAGAAGUAGAGGAAGAUGUGCCAACGCCAGCAGAGGCUGUUGAUUCUACCAGACCCUCAACUACCGAUAUCGAACCUGUUCUAACUUCUGAAGCACCUGCUGCUGCCGAAACUCCCGAGAAGGAACCUUCUAUCGAGUCUCAACUCGAACAACAAGUCGAAGGAGUUCAGACUCUUGACGAUCAAACUGUUUCAUUGCCAUCCGAAUCAUCCCAGCCAAACGACGCUAAAGCUUUGCCUGAGGAAGAAGCCGGUGACUCACAGGCGGCAGAUUCAAAGAGCAAGCGGAAAAAGGACAAGAAGAAGGAUAAGAAAAAGAAGAAGGCGACGGAAUCUUCUCUUCAAACGGAUGAGAAGCCAUCGCAGCCCUCCGAGCCAGCUGUCAACGAAGAUGUCAAUGAAGAUGUCAAAGACGCGGUUGAGAACACUGCCCCUGGAGUCUCGGAGACCGUUGAAACGACACCCAUUGAGCAGCCUGUCACAGAAAAGGCUACAGACACGGUCCAGGCAGAUGCUUUAGAAUCUCAGGCUCCUGAGAUGUUAGAGCCUGCUGAUUUGACUCUUAAGCAGCAAACCGCGGAGGAAAAACCUACAGAUGUUGUCCCGGCAGAAACUCCAGAACCUCAAGUCCCUGAAGCCUCAGAGCCCACUGAACUAACUCCAGUGGACCAGUCCACAGCUGAAGGGAAAACUUCAAACAUUAUUCCGGAAGAUGUAUCAGAACCUCAAACUCCUCAAGCUACUGCAGACGAGUCUAAAUCAACGGAUAUGGCACAAGACGAUGAAGGGGCUCCGGAAACCCCCAAACCCAAGAAGAAGAAAGACAAAAAGAAGAAAAAGGCAGCUGCGGCUCUCGCCUUGGUUCAAGAAGCAUCUAAUGAACCGGCCACUGAAGAGUCCAAGGGAACUGUUGAGAAUGCAGUUUCUGACAAUGCAGAACAGACGAAAGAUGCCUCGGUUGAGCCGGUAGGAAGGCCACAGAUCUUGGAGACGCCUGUGGAGGAAGCUGUUCAAGAGCGUGUGCAGGACCGUAUAGAAGAGGCGAAGCCCGUGGACCCUUCAGGUGACGCGCCUUCACAAGAAACUUCGAAAUCCAAAAAGAAGAAGGACAACAAGAAGAAAAAGGCCGCCGAAGCUCUCCUGCAGAACGAGGAAUCAGCUUCCAAGGAGGAAACAGUCGAUCCUACCGCAACCACACCUUCCGAAGCUACUGAACAGACAGAAUCGAUUCCUCAAGAACAGCAACUUCCAGAAGAGCAAAAGACGGAGGACGUCAUUGCUACCGAAAAUGAAGUAUCUCCGCCUGGGGAACCUCCCGCAAAAGAAGUGAAGUCCACUGAAGUUGCAGCAGACAAUGAGUGCACCCAAGAGGCGUCGAAAUCCAAGAAGAAGAAAGACAAGAAAAAGAAAAGGGCAUCGGCAGCACUCUCAUUGGACGAAGAACCGAUUCCAUCUGAGACGGUCGUCGAGUCGGCGGAAACAAAACCCUCUGAAGUUGAAGUUCCAGAACCACAAGAACAGCAGGCUACCUUGGACGAAGAGACGAAGGAAAUCAUAAAAACUCGGGAUGAUGAACCUCAAUCUCUCGAAUCUCCCGCAGAAGAUGUGAAAUCUAGCGAAGUCGCAGAAGAUGGUGGAUGGGCGCAGGAAAAAUCAAAGUCCAAGAAGAUAAAGGCUGCGGAAGCGCUCUCAUUGAGGGAAGAGCCAGCUCCGCCGUCUGAAACAAUCGUCGAGGAGGUCGAAGCAAGGCCUACUGAAGUAGAGGCCGAGGCUGAAGUACCACAGACAGAAGAACAGCCAAUUUUAACCGAAGAGAAAAAAUCUGUCACUGAAGAUCUGUCUGCUGAACUUCGAGCUACUGAGGGACCAACUGAAGAUGCGAAGGCUGUCGACAAUGCUGAAGACUAUGAUUUGGUCCAGGAGACUUCUUCAAAGUCUAAUAAAAAGAAAGACAAAAAGAAGAAGAAAGCGGCAGAAGCUCUUUCUUGGGAUAGUGAACCUCAGACACCUGUCAAAAAAGAGGUAACGGAAGCUGCUUCGCCCGCUUUGCCCGAGGCACAAGAUCUACCUGCUGUGGUUGAACAGACAGUGGAGGAUGUUUCGAAAGACCAAGAUGUAGAGCCUGAAACGACGGAAACUCCUGCUGAAGAUGUCAAGGCCGAUGCUGUGGCUAAAGAGGAUGGAUUAACUGAGGAUACUUCCUCCAAAUCAAAAAAGAAGAAGGCAGCAGAGUCUCUACCAUGGAAGCAAGAGCCGCUCUCCACUGACAAGCCUAUCGAUGAACAAGCUCUUCUUGACAACGAACCUUCAGCUUCCCAACCCCAAGAAGACUCUCUCAUAGAUAAAAAAAGGCCAGACGACAGUACAGAUGCGCCCAACACUGAGACUCAAAUUCCUGAAACUCCCGCAGAAGAGGUGAAUCAAGUCGGCGUUCCGGAAGACGACAGCCUGAGCCAGGAAACCUCAAAGUCAAGGAAGAAGAAAGAAAAAAAGAAGAAUGACAAGUCACUUCAAUUAGAGUCCACCCAGGAGGAAAGCACACCUGAUGUAACUGCCGCGGAGGCAAAAGAGAUUCAAGAAAUCACCCCAGUUGUUGAAUAUACUUCUAUCAGUGAGGAUGCUACGACUGCAGUUAACGAACAGGACGCUGAUACUACUGGUGUCCAAUCACAAGCAGUUUUACAAGAUGAGUAUGUACCAGUACAGCCUGCAGGUGUCGAAGAUGAGGGCUCAUCUUCAAAGUCUAGCAAGUCAAAAAAGAAAAAGGGCAAGAAGAACAAGUCCAAGGAUGAGCCGAUGCCGUGGGAUGAAAAACCUGCAGAAAAAAUGCCAGAAAAUCAGCAGGAAACCGGUACUGAUCAACCAGCUGUGACUGAGGUCGCUGCCAAUAAGGAGUCUGCCCGCGACCUAGAAAUAUCGGAAAAUGUGGAGCCUGAGCCGCCAGUUGAACAGCCCUCGAAACCAGCAGAAGACAUCCCGAAGGGCACUGAGCUUCCAGCGAGCACGGAAGCAGAGGCCUCGGGACGUACGGAGCCCGCUGAGCUCGAUCAAUUAGAGCAGCCUCAGGUGCCUACAGAUAUAACCGCGUCAGUCCCUCCUGAAGAAUCUACAAAACAAGACUCGUUGGAUACUACGCAAGUAACAGAUUCUCAAUCUACGGCGGAACCCACGGAGUCUACCGGCGUUAUCGAACAGGGUCCUACUGAAUGCUCCACUCCGACUGUCCCUGAGAAAGCGACAACGAAUGACAGCGAAAUGCCGCAGGCCAUGUCUGGAAAGAAGUCGAAGAAAAAGAAGAAGCGUGAUUCAAUGUUGUGGAAUGACGAGCCUACAGUACAACAGGAUUCUUCGACAGAUCCUAUCGCAUCAGAGGGCAAAGAUCAAGAGAUGCAACCUGACCCUACAUCUACUGCGGAAGCACAGCCGCAACAAGAGACUGAUAUCAUAGAAUCUAAGGAACCAGAGUCUACAGACGCCAAUGUCGAUCCUGAAGUCAAAGAUUCAGGUGCUGCAGUUACAGAGCCAACCAAGCAAUUAUCUGCGAAGGAGAAGCGGAAGGAAAAGAAGAAGAAACGUCGCACGCUUGAUCUGGCGGAUCCCGAACCAAUCCCUACAGUUGCAGACGAAGCCCCUGAGGCUGCUCCUGCACCAUCGAUGCCAGACGAACAACAAAAAGACGACGAGGGAACUCCAGAGGAAUUUGCGACAGUUGGAAAAAAGGAGGGUAAGAAAAACAAAAGCCAAUCGGUAAGCUGGGAGGAGGAUAUCAUCAAGACCGUCGCUGAAGAAGAGUCAAACCUCAACGAGACUAAACAAUCACAUGGUCAAGCUACCGAAGAACAGCAGCUGGAUGCCGACUCGAAGAACCCGCCUCUAAACGAACACACAGAUCUCGGUCCGGGACCAAGUCAAACAGAGAAAGAACUGCAGGAGACGCCUGUUGAAGUCGAGGGUAAAGAAACAUUUCAGUCUUCCGAAGAGACUCACACCGACCAGAAAGAGAAAGAUUUCGAUUGGACUGAUAACAUGGUGUCUCCGCAGGUACAAUCUCAGACAGAAGAAUCUCCCUUCCCGGUUCCUUCCCCGAUUUCUGAUAAACGCGAAGAUCCCGACCAAAGCCGCCCUACUGCUAUAGAUGAAUUCCAGAGCCACGAAACUGUAACCCCUGAAACUCUGGUAGAAGAGCAACUUCCGGCUGUUGAACAGGAAAGAGAAGGACCAACAGAACUCUCUGCUGAUGUGCAGCCCGUCGACCAAGAGACGGAGGACGGUGGCGGGACGGCUUCGAAAAGCUCGAAAAAGAACAAGAAAAAGAAGAAGCAGAAGUCAAUCACUUCUGUGCCGGAUGAAUCUAUGAUUGUCGAAGAAGAAACUUCAUUCAAGACUCUAGUGGAACAAGAUGAGAAGCCUGAAUCUACAGACCCUCAAGUUUUCGACACUGAACAGUUGGAAGAAAUCCACGAACAGCCUGCUGUUAUUCAAGACGAGCCUCCAGUUUCAGAGCCUGUAUCUCAGAUGGAAACCAAUGCCGAAGAGGAGUUCAAGCCUGCCGGUGCCAGUAAGAAGAAAGGCAAGAAAAACCAAAAGCCCGAUAUCUGGUCAUCCGAACAACUAGGCGAAUUUGCUAGGGAUCAGAACACCGACCAAGUCCCCGCUGGUCCAUCCACAAUCGAAGAAGAGAUAAUUGCGGAUGAUAAGGACAAGAAUCAAAUCCCAGAAGACACACCCCUCGUCACUCAGACGGCACAACAGGAAGUUGUGGUGGAUACAACAACCAAGGAUGCUCCUGGGAUUCCUCAGGGGGUCCCCGAAGACACGCCUCUCGUCACUGAGGCCGGACAGGAGGAAUUUGUAGAGAAUACAACAACCGAUGAUGGUCCUGCGAUUCCUCGAAAAAUCCCAGAAGACAUAUCUGUCACUGAGGCAGUACAGGAGCAAGAUGUUGAGGAUAUGACAGUAAAGGAUGCGCCUAUGAGUCCUGAACAGACACCCAAAGAGAGAGGUUUACCGCAAGAAGAGGUUAAUGAAACCUUGGCCACGCCAUUUUCCGAACCCCCCGCUCGCAAACUGUCAAAGAAAGAAAAGAGAAAGAUGAAGAAAGGGAAGAAGGCUGAGACUGAGGAAGAGAAAGAGGAACCGGCUGCGGUUGUUGUUGAGAAGGACCAAACACAAGCUCUCCGCAGCGAGCACGUUCCAGAGGCUGCUGAAAACAAAGUUGAUAGUAUGCCAGCUGCCAAUGACACUUUGACCGUCAACGAGAAGUCUAUCGACGUACAACCAAUUCCUGAGGAGCUUGCUACAACUAUCGAAGAACCGCAAGUUUCUGAUGCUAAUGUCGAGCCUGUGCCUAUUCAGGAAGAGCCAAUCACGCGCAAACUAUCCAAGAAAGAGAAAAGCAAGAACAAAAAGCGCAUGACAGAAGGCUGGCCUGAAGAGGAGCCAGUAGAAGCCAGCAUCGCAGAUAUUGCACAUCCACCUGAUGCUGUUGAGCCUGUUAGUGCUGAUGGCCAAGAAAGGAAUCCUGAUAGUGAUUUUGUUGAAGUAUCUCCUAGUGGUGAGCAAUCUGAACAUGCUCAUGUGUCACUUGAUCCAUUCGAUGUGCCAGAAGCCGAGAACCAGGGUCCGAAUGAACCCCCUGUCGAUUUUAUCCCUGAUGCUGACAUCGCAGAACGAGACCCUGAACCAAAACCAGAUGCCGAAGCAGCUCUUCGUACACGUCAAUUGGAGAAAGAAGCCGACCUCGCUGUCGCAGCUUCUCUAUUUGGAGAGUCUCCGGAACCAGAGCCGGAACAAGUGCUCUCACGCCAGUCGUCCAAAAAGCAAAAGGGCAAAAGGAACAAGAAAGACAAGAAGAAUGUUCUUAUUGAACAGGAGAAUGCCGAUAGCAACGUUGCUGCUUCGCAAAUCGAGACACCUUCAAAGGAGAAAACCUCACAGGAGGAAGACCAAGAGAUGAAGCCUUCUGAAUCCGUUGAAGAAAUCUCGCGGUCUUGGCCUUCAGUCGACUUUGACAAUGACUUGUGCAAAACCUACUCUGCAGACAAAAUCGAAACCAAGGGCAGGGAGCUCGGAUCCGAACGUCAAAUUCAAAAUCCUGAAACCUUGCCACAGUAUCCAGUUUCUAUGACAGAUGACUUCCAGACAUGGACACCAGGGUCAAGAUCAAACAUCCAGUCUGUCAAUGUGAAAGAAGCAUCUGAACAAGGACAUCGCAGCCACUCCCCUAGUCAAAAAGAAGAUGUGGAUAUGAUCCUUUCUACUACCAUGGCUGCUGCAGGCUUCCUUCCAUCUACAGCCACAGCGCAUGCAGGAACUGAUGCGUUUACAGAUUUACAGUCUAUCAUAGGAACUUCAAGGAAAUCAUAUGAUACCUACGAGCACCAUGACGUAUUUAGCGGUGAUCGAACAAAUUCUAAAUCUUCACGUAUGCCCGUUGAAACUUCCAAAGAAGGAAGCAAGUCAAGCAAAAUCGACGAUAUCUUUCCCGGUCUGGAAAGAGUCAAGCACCGGAAGCCUUCUCCAAAGUCACACGAAAAGCAGACCGACAAUACGAUGGCUGUCGAAGAACAAAGAUUACCAGUAGAAACACCAGUCAGGACUCUCAAAGAAAGCCGGUCAACGCACAAUGUCUCAAGUCGCGAGCUUCCUGUCGCCCAGGUCGAAUCAACAUCCAAAGAUCGAUCUUCCUCACUUCUCUUUGAUUCAUCUCCGUCAACCAGGUUAGAACCCACGCCCGAUACGACAAGAAGGACCUCUUCAUCACCGAUUCGACUACAACGCUCUAAUGACUCUCUACACCGUACGAAAUCUAUUCACGGCCAUCACUCGGGCCCGACACACGGUUGGCAGCUGGACGAUGAACUCACUCCUACAAAAAGAGCAACUAGCCAAUCUUCGCGAUCUCUUUUACACCCUGACAACACUGAUCUUUCCCCGCCGCGAAUGCCUCUAGAUCCCAUCAAGGAGCAUGAAGGCCCUCACUUGCCAUCACCAUCACCACGCCUUGUAAUGGGCGAAGGGCCAUACAAACUGGAGCGACCGGACAGUCGGAGCAGCGUCAGAAGCUCGCGAUCACUGCGAAGGACCAAUCGCAGCAUCAGCGGUGACCUUCGAGCAGCAGCCUCACUCUCUUCACAAGCAAAAGAACAAACUAACCCCGAUUGGUCUAGCGCCGAUGCCGAUAAAGAUAGGCACAAAAAUGGAAAGGCUGGGCGCCAAGAAGUGGGGCAUCCCCAGCCACUCAAUCCAGACAACUUCAACCACGACGACAACCUCCACCACAGCGAUAACCACGAUGACUAUGAUCUGGAGAACAUUGCUUCUUCCUCAAAAUACGAUCCCGUAACCGAUAAGGGCAAGCGCCCCGUCCGAGGCAUGUCUGAUGUCUACGAGGGAUGGGGCGAGACUCCAAACUCACCGCGGUCGCCGACCCGACCGCCCAGCAUUAGACGUCGACAAAGCAUGCAACAUCUCCAGGAGCUCGAAACGAGACUCGAUCAAUUGAUUUCCGAAAAUCGCUUGUUAGCCGCUGCAAAAGAAGAGGCUGAACAAAAACUAUCGCGCGUAGGUGUCGCUCGUCGCAAAAGCGACCAAGCUCUUAAUACCAGCAAUGCCGACCUCAGAGAUAAAGAAGCCGAGAUUGCGCGAUUGACAAACUCAUUGGAAUGGAUGCAAGGCGAGGUGCAGAGGUUAACACAUGAAAAUGAAGCGGUGAAUGCGAAGCACGCCGAAUUGACUGCGUCGCAUGCCCGUGAAGUCGAUAGUCUCCGUACCCGUCAGCUCGAACUUGCGUCGGGCAUGGAAGGCAUUGUGCGCGAACAAAUAUCUGCUGCUUUGGCGGAGAAGGAUGCAGAAGUCCGCCGUCUUCGUGACGAGCUUGCAGCAGCCCGCCAAGCCGUACAAGAAUUGCAACAACAGAUUGUCGCCGCGACGGCGGAUGAUGUUCUCUCAAUCCACGACGAGGACUACUUUGACAAUGCAUGCCAACGUCUGUGUCAACAUGUUCAACAAUGGGUACUACGAUUUUCCAAACAUUCCGAUCUUCGUCGCUGCCGUCCAUUAUCCGAAGUACGGAAUACCAAUGUCGCGGAUAGAUUUGAUAACGCUAUUUUGGAUGGCUCUGAUAUAGAUGCAAUCCUUGCUGAUCGGGUGCGCCGGCGUGAUGUGUUUGUUGCCGUUGUCAUGGCUAUGGUCUGGGAAUAUGUCUUUACAAGAUACCUGUUUGGCAUGGAUCGGGAGCAAAGACAAAAGCUGAAGGCUCUCGAAAAACAGCUGUCAGAAAUUGGACCUCGUCGAGCUGUUGCUCACUGGCGCGCUUUAACCUUGACGCUACUUGCAAAACGGCCAUCGUUUGCAGAACAGCGCGUAAGGGAUACCGAGGCGGUUGCCCUUGAGAUCAUGGAGACUCUAUCCCAACUCCUGCCGCCUCCUCAAUCCGCUCAAAGCCAACUUCUCGAGUCGCUCAGAGGGGUACUCCGGCGCGCAGCCAAUUUGUCCAUCGAAAUGAGGACGCAACGCGCCGAAUACGUCAUGUUACCACCCUUGCAACCAGAAUACGACUCGCAAGGCGAUCUAGCUCGGCAAGUGAGUUUCAAUGCAUCCCUGAUGAAUGAGCGCAGCGGAGUGUACAGCUCCAACGAAGCACUUGAAGCACAAGGCGCUGCAGUACGCUUAGUACUAUUCCCACUCGUUGUCAAAAAGGGCAAUGACCUAGGAGAUGGCGAUGAAGAGAUUGUUGUUUGUCCGGCUCAGGUCCUAGUAGCCUGGCCCGAAAAUGAAAAACAUCGUGAACGUGAUCGCAUGUCUACUCUCGGCAAUCGAUCCGUAUCAAGUGUCGUGCCUUCUGUUGAUAUGGGAAAUAUGAUCUAG